AUGCAAUUAAUCUUUCGUGUUGGCUCUGCCGAAAUCGGCAAUGACGCAAAACCAGUCAUUAAAUGGAGCCGAGAUUCAAAGUACGUUGCUAUUUAUGGAAACAAUAACGUAGUUUUAGUGUAUGACAAAAAUGGAGCAAAACUCUCAACAAUUCCAGUUGCAAAUCCAAAAAUUAUGGACUGGGAUGCUCAGUCAAAGAUUUUAAUCAUCACAAGUGCAAAUUCGAACGAAAUUACACUCCAUUACAUGCCAAAAAGAGACACAUUACCAAUUGAAGCACCAUUCGUCCCAACAUGGGGUCAGUGCUCCAGGAGAGGCUCAUUCCUCGUCGUUGGCUCUGAUAAAGGCAUGUUUUGGAUUUGCGAUCUUAAUUCACGUCAAUCUCAAAGUUACCAAGGCACACACGAUUCUGCCAUUGUAGGUGGUAUUUGGAACUCAAAAGGACAUAUCUGUUUAUGCUCUGAAGAUAAUUCAAUCUCUGUUUCCGAUAUGAAAGGAAAAGUUCUCGCUAGAUUAGAUUUGGGCGAUGUCCCUAUAUUCCCACAAUUCGUUACAGUCGAUUCUACGCCAACAGUUGCAUUUACAACCAAAAAUACUCCAACAUUAUACUUUUGGGAUUAUUUGAAGGGUAAAGAGCCACAGAAAGUCACAUUAGAACCAAGUUUAGGUUCAAUUGUUCGCAGUGGCAUCUUGACAAAUGGCUUAGUUUUCAUUCAAUUCAGUUUUGGUAAAUUCGUUCUUGUAAACUUCGAAUAUCAGCAAGUUUUAAGCAGACACGCAUUCUCAUCGUCAGCUUCAGCAGCAGACAUCAUCAGAACAACAGCUAUUGUCGGAAAUGGAGCUUCUGUCAAAGUUAUAAAUAUCGAUGAUCCAAAAGACAUUACAGAUGAUCAAAUCCGAUUCCCAGAUAAUACUACAGGUACUGUCUGCUCGAUUGCCAUAUCUCCUGAUGGCUCAUUGAGCUGCGUUGGCCUUACAGACAGCUCUGUUUUAAUUUACUUAGUUGAAGUUCCAAUUCUUGCAGCAUCGAGCGGCCCAUUAGCUGUAUACAGCCAAUCAUUGACUUCUUUGACAGUUUACGACAUGCAUAAGAAAUCAUACAGAUCAUUCAACGUAGAAUCGCAACCGCAGAAGAUAGGUGUUUGCCUGAAGACUGUUGCCGUUGCAUUCAACAACAAUGUUUGGUUCUACGACACGAAAACUCUCGAACAAACGAAUAAAGCAGAAUUAUCGGGAACAAUCGACGAUAUACAGGUUAGCGACACCGCCUAUGCAGUUAUGCUAAGCGGAAAAGUCAUGCUUAACUACUUUGAUUCAACGAAAAAGCCAUUUUCAUUUCCAGAUUUUGAUACAGCCUCCAAAGUCACUGCUUUCUCAUUAACAGGCUUCUUACUUCUCUUAGCGACCGAUGAUGGCACUCUGAGGAUCUUUAAUACCCGAAACCAAGCAUAUCUCGACGGAUACAAGCAUCCAAACGCCAUUGUUGCAAUCCAGCCGAACCUCAGCGAGACAAGAUUCGUCUUCAUCGAUUCCGCCCACGGUGUCUACUCCUUCAACCCUAUAAAGCGCACAGCGGUCCCAAUUCUCGAAGAAGGAAGCGGUUUUGACGCUGUAGCUUCACUUUUUGACAUCACCGACCGCAAUGUUUUUGCAGUGAUUGCACCGAAGAAAGUAGCCAUAUACCACAUGACAGAUCAGAAUUACAAUGGCCAAUCCAUCAGAAAACUCUGUGAAAUGGAGAUUCCUACAUUAAAAGUUGCAAUUGGAGUUUCGAAUGGAACAAUUAUCUUCAUUGAUUCUACGUCACAAGAGAAAUCUGUUCAGUUGACAUCAUAUCAGUCGAUUAAUGAAGAAAAAGUUGAUUCCGUUCGAGAAUUGAUUGCAAUCAACAGACACAGACAAGCUCUUCAAAUUGCAAUCAAACUACAAGACAAAGCAAUCAUCAAAGAAGUUGCUGAAGCAGCUUUAGACGCCUUGAACAUUGAGAUUGCACAAGAAGGCUUCAUUGCAUGUGGAGAAGCGAACAUGGCGAACCAAUUAGAACCAGUUUUGAAGGAAGAAGAACUCAGUUAUUUAAGAGGAUAUGUUGCAAUGAUGAGACAUGAUUUCAACACAGCUCAGAAGUAUUUCAUGGAGAGUUCAAGGCCACAGAUGACAUUGGACAUGAGAUCUGCUUUGUUACAGUUUGAUUCCGCUCUCCAAUUGGCUGAGAAAUUCGAUCCAACGCGAAUUCCUUAUUUAUCAUAUGAAAGCGCUCGACAGAAUGAAUUAACAGGAAACUACGCGCAGGCAUUCCAACAAUACAAGAAUUCAUUGACAACAAGUGGUUUGAAACACCAAUCUCGUGCUGGUAUCAUAAGAUGUUUGAUUUACACAGGAAAAGUCGAACAAGGAAUGAAACAACUCGAGAAAACAAAAGACACAAAUCUUGUUACUGAAUGCGCAAGAAUUCUUGAGAAAUUGUCAGCGUUCCUUCAAGCUGCACAAUUGUAUGUACAAGUACAACAAUACAACUCAGCCGCACAAUGCUAUUUGAGAGCAAACGAGUUGAAUGCAGCAGCCGAAUUAUGUCAAAAAGUCGAUGACGUGAAAGUUUUGAGGUCAAUUGGAAAACAGUUGGAAAGAGCCGGCCAAUUAGAAGGUGCUGCAUCAGCAUUCGAAAAAGGAAGUGAAUGGGAAUCAUUGGUUCGUGUUUUGCUUAAGAUCAAUCUCGAUAGAGCAACAGCAGUUGCAAGACAACAUCCAACAGUUCAAGCUUGCAGAUUAGUUGCGGAACAUUGCAUAAAUUUGGGCAAUUUCAGAUACGCGAUCGAAUUCCUCAUAAUUUCCGGACAGAGCGAAGAUGCAUUUAGAAUUGCUGAAUUGCACAACAGAAUGGAUGAACUUGCUGAUUUGAUUGGCGACCACGGAACAGUGCAACAAUACGAAGCACUCGGAAACUACUUCGCAGGAAAGAGUGAUCAACUCAAUGCAGCCAAAUUCUUCGCUCUCGCUAAAGAUCCACAAAGAGCAAUGAACUGUUACAUGGCUGAUGGAUCUCCUGCAGCUUUGGAUGGUGCAUUGGAGCUUGCAGAAAAGGUCCCAGACAAGAACUUGAGAGAUGGAUUACUCGAGUAUUUGACAGCGAACAUGAAGGCUGAUGAUUUGAGAUAUCUCUUGAGAAUGUUUAUCAUCAUGAAACAGUUUGAUGAAGCUGCCGUAACAGCACAAAGAAUCUCCGAUGAAUACAGGAACAGAGGUGAUUACAAACAAGCAAGAGCAAUCAUCUUUGAUAUCAUUCUUCAGUUGAUGAAUCAUGGUUUCGCUGUUUCCGCUGAAAUGAAACAAUCUUUGUUGAUUAUUCAUUCUUAUUCAUUGAUUAAAGAGAUGAAAGAUCGCGAUAGAGUUAUCGAAGCUUUGUUAUUAAGAAGAGUUUCUAAAUAUGCUUCUAAAUUCCCAACACACGCUCCUCAAAUCUUGGCAAAGACAGUUGCAGAAUGUUCGAGAGCUGGAUUCAAGAAAUCAGCUUACGAAGCAGCAACAAAACUUAUUGCUCCUGAAUACGAAGGAAGACUUCAGCCUGAUUUGAUGAAGAAGAUCGUUGCGACUGUUAGAAGGAAAGUUACAACAGAAGAGGAAGAACCAAAGACUCCUUGCCCAGUAUGCGGAACAGCACUCGCUAUAUCAGAAUUGUACUGCCCUGCAUGCAAGACAAACAUUCCUUUCGAUUCUCUGACUGGAAUGCACAUGGCAGGUGGAGAUUGGUGCGAAUGUCCUAAGUGUAGAUUCCCUGCUUCUCAUAAACUUAUGUGCGAAUUGAAGACAUGCCCACUUUGCAAUGAACAUAUAGAAACUCCUGGUAUUAUUCAAAAUCCAAGAAUAUUGUAA